AAGCUACUUUUGAUUUUCUUCUUAUCGAAUCUGUGGUUUGUCUAUGGGAGAAGAGAACGAGAACUGGAGAAGAGAGCUCGACGAUAUCAAUGGGCUUAGUCUGAUUGAUAUCUCCGUCGAAGAUGAUAACCUCCUCUUCUCUUCCUCUCUCGAUCCCACCACCUUUGAUUUCUCAGAGACUGAUAAGGAAGACAGAGGUCUUUGUUUAUUUGGAGAUACACAUAAUUGUUGUGAUGAAGAGAGUUUGGUAUCUACUAAUUUAGAAGAGAAGGAGCCUCAUAAGAUGAUGAAGACUAACUUACGCAAGAGUCUUGCUUGGGAUAAAGCUUUUUUCACCAAUGCAGGUGUUUUGGAACCGGAUGAACUGUCUAGUAUGAUGGGGAGGAAAAGUUUACCAACGGUUCAAGAGGAUUUGCUUAGAUCAACAGAGUCUAUAUCUACAUUGAAAAGUGACUGCACUGUGGAGACUGGUCAGGAAUUUGUUAUGUUUGAUGCUGCAACACCUGACAAGAGUAAGGACUUUGGAGCAACAGAGGCAGUACCUAGCCCAACUACAAGUACACUAGACGACCCUGACUCUGAGGAAAAGAUGAAACCCAAUCCUAUUCGUAAAAGGCCAAGUAUUAGGGCACAAGGAUUAGGGACGGCGACAAAGCAGCCCGUCGCUUCAAAAGAACACAACACAUCCAUUUCCAGGCCAUCCAGUAGACUCGGCAAAACUAUAAGAGCUUUGGUAGAUACUAACAAAGCCAUACAAGAAACUAAUCCUAAUUUAUCUGGAGGUAAAGAGCCUUUGGCUUCCAGAGUUCCAAUUUCAAGAAGAACUCGACCCAUUGUAUCAACACCUGUAGUGCCUUUUAAAUCUGCUUUACGUUCUUCAGUCGCCUCCAAGAAUGAAUUAACAUCUUCUUGUUCUUCUAUUGAGAGCUGUCUCAGUGUUUCGUCAAACGCUUCUCACAAGCCUUCUCUAGAUUCAGUAAAGCGGAAGAAAGAUCAGAGUUUAAGAAUAGCUUCCCAUUCUUUGGCAAAUAGACCAACAUCCAGCGGUGGAUCUAGAAAUAUGAACCAGCCUAAAGUUCCACCCCUCUCAGCCGGUAGGACAAACAAGUUCAAUGUAUCACGUCUUAGUUCUAGCGUUGACUGGUCAUCGGAAUCACCGCGGGCUUUUACUCCUAAUAAAAUGGGUAAAGGUAACAAGAAAAGUGUCCAUGGUGAUAGCGGUCCUACAACUGAUUAUACAAGACAGACUUGGAAACCUUUGAACAAUUCUAAAGAUGUAUCUGUUGUCGAAGAUGACCCUAAGCCGGAUAAACAAGGCACAAAAUGUGGUUCAGUUGUCAGUGGUGGCGAUGUGCCUUCUGCUUCCAUGAUGAAACCAACGGGACUCCGUGUGCCAUCACCAAAAAUCGGCUACUUUGACGGAGCGAGGAGCAGCGUUGCACGAACACCCACGGGAUCGUGUACUGGUCCGGUAAGUGGCUUGGCAAAACUUGGAGCUUGUAGUCCCAAUGAAUUAACUGCAAGUAAAACCAAGUCUGCAAAGUCCCAACCCACAAUGUCUAAAGCAAAGGUCCGUCCUGUUUCAAGGAGUUCAAGGCUGAUUGUCUCGGCUUCACCAAAGCUUACCAACAAAAGGUAUUCAAAAGUCAGUGCAGAGGAACAACUCGAAUAAUGUAGCGUCAGUGAUGAAGCCAAAUCACUUGCAACUUGUUAUGAUUUACCAUAAGUUUUUAGGUAAAAGACCAGAUGGACAAGUGCUCUGUCAUGUAUAGCUUUGAUUUGUACUUGCAGUCUGGUUCGUUAUCGAUUUUCUAAAGUAAAAAAUAUCAACUUGUAUAUGAGUUUUAAAACCUUCUUUUGAACAAUACAGUAUAUUUUCAUUC